AUGUCCAAACGCCUACUUAAAUCCAGCCAUCUUCCCAAAAUAAGAAGAAACAGAAGAGAAAUGGAAGGGGAGAUCCACAAUUUCAUGGUGAUAUGGGCUAUUGUUUUAACAUCUUUAUGUUACUCUCACACAAUUGCCAAAUUCUUUCCCAAAGGCAAAUCAAGAUUUCUUGCUAUAAUUCCCAUUGUUUGUCUAUUUUUCACUCUUCCUCUCUAUCUUACCUCUAUUAAUCUUGGUUCUACUACUUCAUUUUUCAUUGCAUGGUUAGCCAAUUUCAAGCUUCUUCUUUUUGCUUUUGGUAAAGGUCCUUUGUCAUCAACUCCACCUUUGCCACUUUCAACAUUCAUUCCUUUGGCUUGUUUGCCUAUUAAAUUUCAAUCAUCAUCAACUAAAACCAUCCAAAAGAACACAAAAUCAAGUUUAAAUCUUGUUACCAAAAUUGCACUUCUAGCCAUUUUGAUUAAGGUGUAUAACUAUAAAGACCAUUUGCAUCCAAAAAUCAUUCUCUUCUUCUAUUGCCUACACAUUUACUUCGUGCUAGAGAUCAUGUUGACCACGGUUAGCACCAUGGUUCGAGUCGUGAGUCGAGUUGAGCUCGAGCCACCCUUUGAUGAGCCUUACAAGACUAGCUCACUUCAAGAUUUCUGGGGUAAGAGGUGGAACCUCAUGGUAACCAAUAUACUUCGUCCGGCCGUUUACGAUCCUGUCCGGUUUAUAAUGUCAGAUCGGAUCCCGAGGAAGUGGGCCCCAAUUCCUGCCAAGUGGGCCCCACUUCCUGCCGUGCUCGCGACGUUUUUCGUGUCCGGGCUAAUGCAUGAGCUGAUUUUUUACUACAUAUCAAGACUAAAUCCUAGUUGGGAAGUCACAUGCUUCUUUAUCAUUCAUGGAGUGGCUUUAACUCUUGAAAUUAUGAUCAAGAAAUUGUUGAAUGGCAAAUUUUUGGUUCCUAGGAUUAUCUCAGGCCCAUUAGCAUUGGGAUUUAUAAUUUUGACCAGCUUUUGGUUGUUCUUUCCACCUUUAUUAAGGGGUAAACCAGAUGUUAAAGGAUGUACUGAAUCUCUUGCUUUCUUAGAAUUUAUUAGGUAUGGUAAAUUAGUUAAUCCUUCCAAUAUCACAUGUCCAUUCUUGUAAGAUUAGGUUAGUUUGGUCAUUUAGUGAUAAAUUGUUUAUACUAAGUGGGUGUUUGGACAUAAGAAUUGUAAAAUUUCAAAAAAAAAAAAAAGUGAAAAAAAUUGUCAGUGAAGAUGGUAUUUGAAAAAUAUAGUUGUUUUUGGACAUAAAUACAAUUUUGGGCUGU